GUAUAAAUACACCUACCGCCUCAAAAGAGAACCGUUCGAAGUUAUGCCGCCUUCGGAGACUUCUCGGAGACUUUUCGCGUUAGGAAACAUAUCUACCUACCGGCUUAAGGUAUGGGACGGAGCCCUGAUGACUUUUCUCCCGAGCUGCAAGCAAUAGCAUGAGCUCGAAAUACUUGCUGCGCGGUGGAACGCACGGACUAUGUUUUAUGGUGAUGUGACAAGAUCAAUUCAUCCGACCUUUUUGUUUCUGUUUGGCCGAUCCGGCGGCGCAUCCCGGAAUCGUGACAGAGAGAUGGAUUAUAUUAAAGUCAUGGGCUUUUAUACUGUCCAACGUUGGCUGCGCUGUGUAUGGAGCUUUGUAUUUGCUUAAUAUUAAUAUCAUGGAUAGAGUAGUCGAAGAACGGAGAAAGUCUCGAAAAUAUGAUAUCCUCCUACUUGGAGCUACUGGGUACACCGGGUUACUGACCGCUGAGUAUAUUGUUCGACAUCUUCCCGUUGAUCUGAAAUGGGCUAUUGCUGGUCGGUCAAAGUCCAAGCUGGAAGGUCUCUCUAACAAGCUCAAAGACCUGGACCCAGAGCGUGUACAACCAGAAAUCGAGGUAGUUGCAUUUGAUGAUUCCAGUCAACUCGGUUCCGUUGUUAAGAACAGUAAAGUCUGUAUUAGCGUGGUCUUAUACUGGCAGGUUGGAGAAGUCGUUGUAAAGUCUUGUAUCGAGAACGGCACAGAUUAUAUUGACGUGGCUGGAGAUAUACCACUGCUGCGUACGUUUGUCGACAGAUAUCACGAUGCGGCUGUAAAUGCUAGUAUUGCCUUAAUUCACCUCUGUGGAGUAUUUUCCGGGCCGCAAGAUCUUCUCACCUGGGCUGCAGCGCGGGAGCUGGCGCAGAAGACGUCUCUGAAAACGAGGGAAUUGGUUUUUUCCAUAACAGAGUUCGAGGCUGGUGUGAGUGGUGGCACGGCUAGUUCAUUGUUAGCUGAGAGCACUUAUGACCCUCGAGUUGUCGAGGAAGCAAAACAACCAUGGGUGCUGUCACCCAUUAAGAGACCACAGACUCCUACACCCGCCGGUUUUCUCGGCAUGCGUAAGGACCCAAACCUCGGUUUGUUGUCCGCGUCAUCAUUUGGUGCCAUAGAGAACCGGGCAUUGGUGCACAGGACAUGGGCUCUGUUACAAGAUACAGACCAAGGGUACGGGCCAAAUUUUCGGUACAAUGAAUACAUCAAAGUUUCUUCCGCGACAGACGGAAUAUUGCGCAUGUUGACACUUGUCCUUAUGAGGGCUGCUCUAAAAUUUGGGCCCUCGAGGCGUAUCUUGGGGUUGAUCCUCCCGAAACCUGGUGAAGGACCCGAUGUCGAAAAAGAGCGCUCGUCACGACUGAAAUUCGAGGCUAUAGCUAUCGCGGACACGAGUAGCGAUAGUGCGCCUCGUGCAUAUGCAAGCUUCUCGUAUCCCUCAGGCGGGUACCAUACUACUGCCCUCUUCCUAGCGCAGGCAGCUGCAUCAUUACUCUACACCAGAAAUCUAGCAGGCCAGUUUUCCGGGGGCUGUCUCACCCCAGCCUUCCUCGGUGAGGACUUUUGGAGGAGAAUUCAAGAAGCGGGCGCAGUCCUUCAAGUCAACAUGGUUUAAGAAUAUUUAAGCCUAGAAUUCUAUAUAUAAAGACAAUUGCUGGAAGUUGAGCAGUUCCCUCGGGUAUAAGAGAAUUGAAUACAUGUAGGUUUGCUUUCACAUGCAACUUGAUAUUUCUCGAAUGAUAAUCUGGCUUGUUGCUCGGGCAACCAGCGAGAGUCGAUCUUUUUCGCUAUUCGAAAGUCUUCCUAAUGACUUAUCGCUGUACUCAAUCCUAACUGACAUGUUGUCCCAACUUGCCCGCUUAGUUUUGAGCUGGUGAUAUAUCAAGCGUUUGAAUAUAUCGCCAAAAGUCAGGAAACCCUUCCCAAAACAGUCCAGUCAAGGGUGGUCGGGCUGUUAACUUGUAGGUAUGGAAAGGGCCGGACUGGGCCUUUCUCUACGUCCCGAAGCGCAUGCCCUGGUGUUAUAUCCCCUACCUAACGUUCGUUUGAACUUUGAUGCUAUUCGUUCUAGUACUCCUUCUAGUAUCCGGCCGCCUUCUUUAUAGUAGGAUUGCUGAGCGCGAAUCUUAGCUCUUUAGGAGGAAAUAAGACAUCACUAACGUUCACAUCGCUCCCAAGAUAGUACGGCUGUUCAGCAUUAAAGUUGGCAAGAUAUUCUAGGACGUUCUGCCUGGGAUGAGACGGUUUAGAAUAAUGCUAUAGAUGAGUUAAGUCUGGCCUAUUUGACUAAAUCAAGUUAGUUUAAAUUCGACCUCCGUCUCUCGGAGACGCAGUGCUUGCGGGACAAAUGAU